CUACAAAAAACAACAACAUCAGUAGGAGGGAAGAGAAGGUGUGCACCAAGUGAGUCAAAAAGAUGCUAUAAGGUUGGUUCUACUCUAUCCUCAUUGGUCAUAUUCGGUUCAAUCAUGCGGCACACACUGAGGACUUCCCAAUACUUCCACCUCCCUGUGAUAAAGCCGCGAUCAUCAACCUUCCUUUGUUCCCGUCAACUUUACCCCCGAAAAUUGUCUUGCCGAGUAGCUUCUCAUGGGGGUCUUCUUAGAGUGGUUAGUCGUGAGGGCGAUGUCGCCCCUCUUUUUCUAAGCCACGUUUUCACUUCCUUGCGGUGUAAAGGUUAUAACUUUUACAUCAACCUGGAGGACCCCGAGGAUACACGACGCAGCGUGGAGGAGGAUUUGGAGCGACUCGCGGAGGAAAACCGCACCGACACCACCGCCUACCUUCACAGUCUUCUGAACCUCGCCCUUAGUCAUUACCAAAGCCAGGAUUACAUUAAGGCUCGUAAGGUGGCGGAGUACACCCACGAGCGCGCUUUUCGCCACAAUCGACGGUCUUCGUUUAUUUUUUUGACCGCGAAGACGUGCUCGCGAUGUGCGUCCGCGCUCGCGGACGAAUACGAGGCUCAUCUAAGAAAGAUGGAGUCCCACGCGGAGAUCUCCGCCGCGCUCGCACCGAAACCCUCCGUUGUGUUCAGUGCUCGCCGGACGAUUGAGAAGUUACGGCAGGAUGCCGUCCGGUUUGAUGGAAUCGCCACGCGGGUGUACAAUCGUCCGGAUCUCGCGUUUAUGCGUGGUGACGAAAGGGGAAAAGGAGGGGAGGGUUUUGAGGGUGGGAAGGAAUCCAGCGGUUCUGCAGCAACGAAAAAGGGAGGCUCUUGCAACGAUCGACGCCGCACGUGGUCGGAAGAUGCGUGUGCGGUGGAUGAGGAGUUCGAGGCGCCGUAUGGUCCGAGAUGGCAGGAGCGACGAAAGCGGCCGGAGCACGUCGAGCUCCGGCGUUACUAUCAGAAGCAGCAGCCGCAAGACGCCCAGGAUGGUGGCUCGUGGAAAAUUCCAAAGUGA